CUACAGGGAAACUGAGUCUCUGGAAGGGCCCAACAAAAAUGGAUCCAAACAAACUUUCAAUGGAAGAGGGCAAGGAAUUCUUAAAACUGUGUGGGAUCCCACAAAGAGAUAUCGAUUUGAUGACAGAGAAAUGGGAAGUUGUUGCCUCUGUGGAGGCUUUGAUUCGAUUCCCACUGCUGCCAGGGGAAGACCCCACAGCCCGUUGCAUUUCGAAGAAAAACAAUCAACCUGCAGUGUCCCAACGAGACCGGAUUCCACAAAAUAAUGAAGACCAAGAAAAGAGGAAGAACAAUAAUCAAUCACUGAAAGAUUUUGACAAGAAGCCACAUGUUACAAAGGUGAUGACAAGGCAUUGCAUAGAAACUCCUUCUGAAAGACCCACUGGAGAAAAGAUUCAGAAGAUAAACUGCUUUGGAGCAGUGAGAAAAAGGACUAAGCCCGAAGAGGAGAAAGAAACAACGGUAAAAAGCAAGAAAUGUUGCUCAUUUGCACACACAGCAAGGAGCAAGAUGUGUCUCCUAAAACACUGGCAUGAAGCCCUUCCUGUACAGCCUCUGGGUUCUAACAAUCAGAAAGAGAUGAUGAAACCAAUGGAGGUCAAGCAGUACCAGUCUCCAGAAAUAUUUAAAAUGACUGAGGACAAGGAUAAAGAAAGAAAAAUGCAAGAAGUGCUUCAAACGAAAACUCUGCCAAAGGUAUCUUCGAGAAGCUCCUCAAAGAAGAAAAUGAGCAGCGAGGAAGAAACUUGUUUCUUUUUGAGGAAACCUACCAGGCCAUCGAUAUCUUACAUGACCAAGAAAAAAAGAACAUCGGGUUCCUGUCUCCAAUGAUCGACCAAUAAUCAAGACUCCUGAUUAAGAACAACCACUCCCUCAUCUUUUUCCAAAAAAGGACAAGAACAGACCAGUUAUUGAUGAAUGCAAGCACAUAAUAUGGGAUUUUCAGACACUCUGGAUUCCAAUUUGAGGAAAUGCAAUAAUUCCAUCUCAGGCUCAGGUGUAACAUCCCAAAGUUUGUUUGUUUUCCCCAAAUGUGCUCCUCAGCCUAAUGAGAAGACACCUGUUUUAGUGCAUAACAUUAAAGUCCAGACAACUAUGAAACAUCCUGGUAUAGCUUCAAUUUCCUGUGUGCACUUUGUGAGACCAAACUGUGACUGGGAUUCUGUGGUCAGAAUAAAAGCUCCAGGAAAGGAACUUCUCCAAUUCACCAGUCAGGACAGCCGGGGUCAGCCAAAGAAACGUCGAAUCAGCUCUUGCCUGAAUCCCAGUAUGAGAAAUGUGAUACAUGAGUUGGGGUCUGUCCAGGAGUCCCAGACUGCUGUUAGUAAAUCUGAUGUCAUGUUCAACAGUAGACCAACAUGAGUUCAAAGAAACCUGUAUCGAAGCCCAGUCUCCCAAGCCACAUUCCGGAUGUCUCUUCUUAUCCAAGAUCUAUCAAAUACAUAACAGUCUCACAGUGCACACAGUCAGGCAGGCACAACACACCUUUAAGCUUAUGAAUGGACAAGAAUCAAUGAUUGGCUACAAUGACUGAGAUUCCUGAAAACACCAAGUCUUUUCUCAGAACUGGUUUUAUUUAGAGGACCCUGAGAUCUUUGACUGCAUUACCAUAAGAAGUACUUCCUGCUGUCAUCCUCCUCAGAAAAUAGCGUUGAGUAGAGUCACAUCAGCUUCAAUAUAGAAUGUUCUGUUGUGAACCGAGUUGACUCCAGGACUGCGAAGAAAGUGCAGACAGUGUUAAACCGAGCAUCUUGAGAUAACCUUUCUUGAGAGAGCUCAAGGAGUUACCUGAUCAGGAAACAGAUAUAAGGUGUCAAAAUGAAAGAAAGAGCAGACCUUGCCUCUAGAUACCAACACUCUGAAGUUUCUUUCUCUAUGAUAAUUACAUGUAAUUCUUCCCUCUAAAUCCUCCCCUCUCUUACCAAAAUCUUGGGGAUAAUAUA